AUGGGCAGUACGCCGACACGCACACUCCCUCUCGCCACCACUGCAACGCAUGGUCUCUCCCGCUGGUUGCCCCAGUCAUGGCCAACUCGCUUCUUCCUCCUGGUCACACUCGCAGAGGCCGUGGCUGACAUCAGCAUCGAGGCUGUCCUCCUUUCGCGGUAUAAGGAGCAACAGGGUUCCAUCGAACUGUCCGCCCUGCCAGUCUUCGUCAUGGUCUUUGCACUUGCUCACGUUUACCAGUGCUUCCUUGCUUUCGACACCGUCGUCAACCGCAACCUGAUCCUCGUGGUUGGGCUGAACGUCUUCAAUCUCGCCUUCCUCAUCUACGCCAUCAUCCAGAUCUCGGAGAUCCGAGAUGUGCUUGGCGACGGCGUCAUCCAGGGCACUUCGCAAACUGUCCCUGUUCAAGUCCUGACGGGGGCAAUUCCUGCCAUUAUUGGUUGCACCUCUCUCGUCCUCUCGAUCCUCGCCUGGUUCCUCUGGAAGGAAUUCGGCUGGCAGAUUUACAAGACGAUUGGUGCAGAUAGGAACCUCAAAAGAGCUCAUCUUCAGUACCAGAUCUACGUCUGUCUGUUGAAGUUUGACUUCUUCACUUUUACCGCCUUUUGCCUUCAGUUGGUCCUGGUUGUGCUGAAGAAUGACACAGCCGAGCGUGUCAUCACCAUCCUCGCCCUCCCAGUCUGUCUCUUGCUGCUCGUCUUCGCCUGGUAUGCAUGCCGACACGAGAUCAAAUGGGGCAUGGGCGUCUUCAUGGCCGGUCAGCUGGGAGGAGCGGGCUACUUUUCUUACAAGCUCUAUCGAAUCUGGUCGGAGAAAGAGGGCCAGUACAAGGAGGUGUACAAGUCGCUGACCGUCUUUUCCGUACUGGCCCUGGCCCUCCUCUUUGCGACUGCGCUCGUCUCGAUUCGGUGCCUGCUCAACUUCGACAUGGGCCUCAAAGGCGCAAUGACUCGUUCAGCCGCUCAGGAAGCACAGGCCAAGCAUAAUCACCACCACCAGGCCCAGUACAGCCAUGGUACAUCUGCCAUGAGCAUCUCGGCCCCCUACGGCACAAAGGGCAUGCUGCCGCUCCGGAGCAACAGCACGCUCGGCCUCGAGCGAACCAAUAACCCCAGGCUGAGCCUGGACUGAUACCAACGCUCCUUCUCUCGUGCCUCUUUCACCCCCCCACUACUCCAUCUUGGCUUCCCCUUUAUGUGUAUCCUUACCCCGGCGUCAACAUCGUGUGUAUGUGUGCGUGAUACAGUGCCCAUCUUACCCUACCUUCGUGAACAAUGGCAGAACAAGG